AACAGGGCAGCGUCUGAGUCUAGAGCAAAGAGUUGGAUAGGAGGUCCUAUGGGUGUUAUCAUGCAGACCUGUGUCACUGUGAUGGUGACUCUGGCCACACUGAUGGUCGCCACCGUGGAUGCGAAGAUCUAUGAACGCUGUGAACUGGCAGUGAAGCUGGAGAAGGCAGGCCUUAAUGGCUUCAGGGGCUACAGCAUUGGAGACUGGCUGUGCAUGGCACACUAUGAGAGUGGCUUUGACACCUCCUUCGUGGACCACAAUCCUGACGGCAGCAGCGAGUACGGCAUUUUCCAGCUGAACUCUGCCUGGUGGUGCAACAACGGCCUUACACGCACCCAGAACCUCUGUCACAUAGAGUGUCAAGACCUGCUCAACCGCCAUAUUCUAGAUGAUAUCUUGUGUGCCAGGCAGGUGGUGUCCUCACAGGAUGGUAUGGCUGCUUGGGAUUCAUGGACCCGGCACUGUUCUGGCCAUGAUUUAUCUGAAUGGCUCAAGGGAUGCAAUAUGCAUGUGAAACCUGAUGCAAAGAAGGUUAAUCAUUCGUGACUUGGUUUCCCAGAAGAAGAGAUUUUCUUUUCCUUUCUUUUCUUUCUUCUGUGGUUUUAAUAAAGAAUGGUAUCUAUAAACUAG